UGCCCUGGCAGGUGGGUGUAUAUAAGCUCGUCUUCGGCAAGUCUGGCAGCAUCCAUCGUCUUGCCUUCACGCCCUCAACAUCCUCCCUUCACGCUACCAACAUGAAGCUCGUGGUUUUCGCCUGCCUGGUCGCCGUCGCCGUCGCCUCGCCUCAGUUCGGGCGCCAGUCGUUCAGGCCCAUCCCAGCCGCCCCUCGCCAGGACUACCGACACAUCGCCAUUCUUAGCGACAACCGGGAAGACCAUGGAGACGGCAACUUCAAGUACGACUUCGAGACGGAGAACGGCAUCAAGGUCAGCGCCCUGGGUCGUCCUGGGUCUGCCGGCCAGAGCAACAUUGAGGGCAACUACAAGUUCCAGACUGACGACGGCGCCGUAGUCGAAGUCCGCUACAUCGCCGACGAGAACGGUUACCGUGCUGAGUCUCCCUCCUUCCCCACGCCUCACCCCCUGCCAGCCCACGCUAUCGAACAGAUCCGCUUCGCAGAGGCCAACAGAGGACGUGAAUCUCCAUCCCAGGCCCCCCGCAGGAGGCUAUUCUAAGAGAGGUCACCUAUGACCCCCCAUCGACCUCCAAAAUGACCUCACAAGCAGUAGCAUCUCCGCCAUAGAUUAUUUCUCCUCUUGAACCUUCUUCACAGCCUCUCACCCGCUACUGCCGACGUCUAACAAGGAUACUCGAGGGCCCAGCGCCCUUAUACACAAGGAUCGCAGUUUUCGGGACAUCAGUUAGCACAUCGAAGUCAUCUAGACUACACACACAUCGCUAACCCACAUGCACCCACUAAUAAUAAACACAUCACGCAUUAC